UUCCGGUCUCUGGCCCAGGCUCGGGUUGCGUGGAGGAGGUUUUUGCAAUGCCCACUGGAGACUUUGAUUCGAAGCCCAGCUGGGCCGACCAGGUGGAGGAGGAGGUAGAGGACGACAAAUGUGUCACCAGCGAGCUCCUCAAGGGAAUCCCUCUGUCCACUGGCGACACGAGCCCAGAGCCUGAAUUGCUGCCAGGAGCUCCACUUCCGUCUCCCAAGGAGGUCAUCAAUGGAAACAUCAAGACAGUGACUGAAUAUAAGAUAGAUGAGGAUGGCAAGAAGUUCAAGAUUGUCCGCACCUUCAGAAUUGAGACUCGGAAGGCCUCAAAGGCUGUUGCAAGGAGGAAGAACUGGAAGAAGUUUGGGAACUCAGAGUUUGACCCACCAGGGCCCAAUGUGGCCACCACCACAGUCAGUGAUGAUGUGUCUAUGACUUUUAUCACCAGUAAGGAGGAUCUGAACUGCCAGGAGGAGGAGGACCCAAUGAACAAGCUCAAGGGCCAGAAGAUUGUGUCCUGCCGCAUCUGCAAGGGCGACCACUGGACCACCCGUUGCCCCUACAAGGACACACUGGGACCCAUGCAGAAGGAGCUGGCUGAGCAACUGGGCCUGUCCACUGGCGAGAAGGAGAAACUUCCUGGAGAGCUGGAACCUGUGCAGGCGGCCCAGAACAAGACGGGGAAAUAUGUGCCCCCAAGCUUGCGGGACGGGGCCAGCCGCCGUGGGGAGUCCAUGCAGCCCAACCGUAGAGCUGAUGACAAUGCCACCAUCCGUGUCACCAACCUGUCAGAGGACACCCGUGAGACAGACCUGCAAGAGCUCUUCAGGCCCUUUGGCUCCAUUUCCCGCAUCUACUUGGCGAAGGACAAGACCACUGGCCAGUCCAAGGGAUUUGCCUUCAUCAGCUUCCACCGUCGAGAGGAUGCUGCCCGCGCCAUUGCCGGAGUGUCUGGCUUCGGCUAUGACCACCUCAUUCUCAACGUUGAGUGGGCUAAGCCAUCCACCAACUAAGCCAGUUGUCGCUGCUGCUGACGCUGCUGCUGCUGUUUGGCACCUGGCCCUAGGACCCCUGUGGAAAUAGAAGGCAGCCUCGGAAAGCAGGAGUCUCCAAGGACAAUAAAAAGACUUCAGAUGCUC